AUGCCUCCAGCUGCUCAAAAUCUACUACGAUUCAGAUGUCUGUGUCACCACCUCCCUGCUCAGCAGUACGAUCCUCACACAGGUUGCAAGGGCCAACCUACACCUAGGCAAGAAACGGAACAAGAAGAUGGAGUCAGAGGCCGGGUAUGCAUGCAAAUCCAACUCUACCACCAGGGUCAGAUCCUCCAUUCCCAUAUUCCCGGAACCGAGGAGUCUCCCUGCAUACGGAACACUCACCAGUCAAGCCUAGAGGCCGACGGCGCCCGUAAAUUAAUUUGGCUAGAGCUGGGUAGAAAACGCUCCGGCCAGGACGGCGUUACCUGCCGGUGCAUGCCCGAAGACGGACGGAUUCAUCUUUAG